AAUAUAAUUUACUCUCUCUCACUCACACACACAAUAGUAAAAAAAGAGAAAAAGCUUUAUUUCACUCCUGCUCUGCCUGUGUACUUCAUCACUAUUUAAACCACCACCAUGCCACCACCACACCAACUCUAAUUUUCACCACAUAAAUAUUCUUGCAGGUUGCUUCAUAUUCUGCCAGCAUUCAUAACAAUGGAUGCUCUCACCUUGCUAAGAUACUGGAAGGGUAACAUUCAUGGCGGUGAUAAAACACCUACCAAUGCUAACGUCACCACCCCCACCCCCACCCCCACCCCCACCGGCAACACCACCACCAUUGUUACCGGCGUCAGCAGUCACGCUUCAGAAACAGAAGACGACGAGACUGAUGAUAACGGACCGUUUUUCGAUAUAGAGUUCAGUCUACCUGAACAAGACGAAGCAAGAGAAGCAACAGAUGGUGAUCAAGAAGAUUGUGAUGGAUCUGAAUCAUCUGAUGAGUUGAAACUGACGGUAAUGUCCGGUUCAAGCGGUGAUAGUAUGGCCGUGUCAGACUCUCCGUCGCAUGAAUUGUUCUUCAACGGAGGGUUUGUUCCGGUGGACCGGACGACCGAGAUAAACCCAAAGACACCGCAGUUUCAUAAACCGAUCAUGAAAUCAGCCACAAAGUUUCGAGUUAUGAUGUUGAAGUUCCGGAAUCUGAAAAUGAACACCGAAUCAUCAAAUGAAGAACCAACGGAGUCGAAAACAGAAGUGCAGAAACAAGAUCAGACCUGUACCGAAGCGAGUGGUAACUCGAUGACUGUAAAAUUCAAAAGACGAACCAGCUCAAAACCUUCGAAAAAACGACAACACGAGAACGAAACGUGUUCCGAAUCAUUCGAGGACAACAAGUUUUCCAAAGAGACGAUGCGGAAAUAUUUACGAAAAGUGAAGCCACUAUACGUUCGUGUUUCACAGAAAUACGGCGAGAAACUGAAGUUCAACGGAAAUUUAACGUUUCCGGGAGUCAUUAAGCAAAAUUCAAGCCCAUUAUCUGCAACAACAACAGAUGAACAAAAAGAUUCUUCGGAAACAAACCCUAGGAGAGAGAAACAAUCAAGUAGUUCUGAAGUGGAACAAGCAGAACCACCGCUACUAAAGAGUACUGGUAAAGCACUGAAACAACAAGGUAAUUUACCUGCUGGACUUCGUGUUGUUUGUAAGCAUUUCGGAAAAACCUGGUCUGCAUCAACAGCAAUCGCCGCCGCAACCGCCGCCGCGGCUCCGGGUUUACCACCGUCAAACCGUCGAGACGAUACGUUACUACAACAAGAGGACGGUAUUCAAAGCGCUAUUCUAUACUGCAAGAAAUCAUUCAAAGGUUCAAAAGAUUCUGAUGGUAUGUUCGAGUGAUGUGGCCGGAAAAGGUGAAAACGGUUGGGUUUCCGGUGCGGCGGAGGUGUAGGAGUUGAAGAAAUGAUGACGUGGCUGGUCAAAAAGUGGGAUAUUUGGGUAUUUGAUGUUGAUUGUGAUAGAAACGAGGAAGAAAUGAGUUCUCCAUCAUCAACGAUCAAUCAAGUAGGGAUUAAUGGGAUUGUAAAGCUUUUGUUGUUUUUAAAUGUUUGUUUAUAUUUUAUAUUUAUUUUUAUUUAUUUAUUUAUUUAUUUAUAUGAUUAUUAUAUUGUUGU